AACGGCGGGCGCGGAUUGCUGACGUGGCCCGGGGGGCGGCGGGCGCGGGUCGCCAUGGCGGUGGACAUCACGCUGCUGUUCCGGGCCAGCGUGAAGACGGUCAAGACGCGCAACAAGGCGCUGGGGCUGGCGCUGGGCGGCGGCGGCGGCGGCGCGGAUGGCGGCCGGGACGAGCUCUUCCGUCGGAGCCCCCGACCCCGGAGCGACUUCUCGGGUCGCGCGCGCGAAGUGACAGCGCACAUCGGCAAGCUGCGGGACUUCCUGCUGGAGCACAGGAAAGACUACAUCGGCGUCGGCGUCGGCAUCGGCAUCGGCAUGGACGCCUGCAGCCACAUGACGUCCGAGUUUGGGAAGAUGACGGACGCCGAGCGGGACCAGAUCGACCAGGACGCCCAGACCUUCAUGAAAACCUGCUCCGAAGCCAUCCAGCAGCUGAGAGCCCAGGCCCACAAGGAGACCCACUCCCAGCAGGUGAAGGAGCACCGCAGCGCCGUGCUGGACUUCGUGGAGGAUUAUCUGAAAAGCGUGUGCAAACUGUACUCGGAGCAGAGGGCCAUCCGGGUGAAGCGCGUGGUGGACAAGAAGAGACUAUCCAGGCUGCAGCCGGAGCCGAGCGCAAGGACCCGAGAGUCCAGGUCUCCUGAGAACGUCCCGCCACCCCCCGCCAAGGACUCUGAGGAGACCCCCAUCCUGGAAGAGCAGCCAGAAAAGGCUGCAGCUGCAGACCAGCCUGAGCUGGGAAGGUGGGGAGAGAGCAGAGGGGAAGAUGAGUUGUCCCCAGAAGAGAUCCAGAUGUUUGAACAAGAAAACCAGCGGCUCAUUGGGGAGAUGAGCAGUCUCUUCGAAGAGGUGAGGCAAAUCGAAGGGAAAGUAGUGGAAAUAUCCAGGCUCCAGGAGAUUUUCACAGAGAAGGUCUUACAGCAGGAAGCUGAGAUCGACAACAUUCACCAGCUGGUGGUGGGCGCCACCGAGAACAUCAAGGAAGGCAACGAGGACAUCAGGGAGGCCAUCAAAAACAACGCCGGCUUCCGAGUGUGGGUGCUCUUCUUCCUGGUCAUGUGCUCCUUCUCCCUGCUUUUCCUCGACUGGUACGACAGCUAGGAAGCGCCACGGGGCCCGCCCAGCGCAGGCCGGAGAGGCACCGAGGUGCCAUGGGCAGCUGGUCUGCAGUCCCAGAGUUGCAGGGAGCCCCGGCUGGGGUCACGUCCCCCAAAAGCUCACAAUACAGACUGUGCUCAGA